UUAUCCUUGUUGACAGGUCAGUCACUCUACAGUGUGGUAUAUUGUAAUUUCUUACCUGAAGAAAUCAGCAGCAAUUAGGAAAUGGCCAAAGUUGAAAAGUUUGCUUUUCACGUUCCAAGUCUGGAGGAGCUUGCUGGGGUUUUGCAGAAAGGGCUUAAAGAAAACUUUGCUGAUGCUCAAGUCUCUGUUGUAGACUGUCCUGAUCUGACUCAGGAACCCUUCAACUUUCCUGCCAAAGGAAUCUGCGGAAAGCCUAGAAUAGCGGAUGUGGGAGGUGUUCCGUACCUCAUACCUGUUGUACAGAAAGAAAAAGUUUACGAUCUAAAUACAGUUGCAAAAGACAUAGAGCUGCCUGGAGCUUUCAUUCUUGGAGCUGGAGCUGCUUCAUCUAAAAUUCUUGGAGUAAAUGCUGAGCUUAUCCCUAUUGUUCAAACUAAGAGUGAAAAAAAGCCUGCUGUAAAUGGGAGCUACAUUGCUCAGAUAAAUCCUGCAGAUAAAGGGUGCCUGCUUGAGAAAUACAGCAGUAAAUACACUGACUGUGAGUUUGGGCUGUUGGCCAACCUUUAUGCCAGUGAGGGCCAACCUGGUAAGGUCAUUGAAGUGAAAGCCAAUGGAAGAACUGGGGAACUUAACUUUGUGUCUUGUCUGAGACAAAUUUUAGAGAAACACUAUGGAGAAAAGCCAGUUGGGAUGGGUGGUACAUUUAUCAUUCAGAAGGGGAAAGCAAAGAUUCACAUCAUGCCUCCAGAGUUUUCUGCCUGUCCUCUGAAUACCGAUGAGGAUGUGAAUAACUGGCUCAAAUUCUUUGAAAUGAAGGCUCCGCUGAUUUGUCAGACAGUAAUAGUUUCCAGAGAUCCGGGCUUUGAUCUGCGCGUGGAGCACACCCACUGUUUCAGCCACCACGGGGAAGGAGGGCACUACCACCAGGACACCAGCCCCGACAGCGUGCAGUACCUGGGGUACCUCCUGCCCGCCGAGCUGCUCUUCCGCAUCGACAGGCCCCAGGAGACGCACCUCGUCGGGAGGGACUGA